AUGUCAGAAGCGCGCGCAGCCUCCCCCACGCCUUCGGUGCGAGCACGUCAGGACGCCGAGGACCGCAAGCGCGAAGAGGAAGAACAAGCCAGGCUCCCCUACAAAUGGACGCAGACGCUCGAAGAGGCCGAAGUGACGGUGCCUAUCCCGGGGAACCUGAAAGCGCGGGACCUGGUCGUUGAGUUGAAGAAGACACACGUCAAAGUUGGAAUCAAAGGCCAAGAACCGAUCAUUGAUGGCGACUUCCCACAUCCCAUCCAGACGGACGAAUCGACGUGGCUGCUAAACACCAAAUCCGACGGCUCCAAAGAGAUCGUCAUCAACCUCGCCAAAGGCCACGGGUCGUAUUGGUGGGCGCACAUCGUGACGUCGGCGCCCAAAAUCGACACGACCAAGAUCCAGCCCGAGAACUCCAAGUUGUCCGAACUCGACGGCGAGACGAGAGGCAUGGUCGAGAAGAUGAUGUAUGAUCAGGAAAUGAAGCGGCAGGGAAAGCCGACCAGCGACGAGCAGAAAAAGGAUGAUAUCCUGAAGCAGUUCAUGGCGCAGCAUCCGGAAAUGGACUUUAGUCAGGCCAAAAUUGCUUGA